CAUUUGCCUCCGGGUUGCCCUAAUUGAGAAUUCCAAACUUCUGUUCCAAGUUUAGAGAAUGGGGGAAGAUUUGCCGAAAGAAGCAGAGGCAGAAGCAAAAGAGGACGACGCAGCCCUGAUUGAGUUUUACAGCUCUUUCAGGGACCUGUUUGAGUUCUUUUGUCUAAACACCACGAUCCAUGGCACCAUCCGCCUGGUCUGCUCGAACAGCAAUAAGAUGAAGACAGCGUUUUGGACUCUGCUCUUCUUAACCAGCUUUGCUAUGCUCUACUGGCAGUUUGCGCUGAUCUUCAACCAGUACUGGGCCUAUCCCGUCGUCAUGUCAAUGUCUGUUCAUUCAGAACCCAAGAUGUUCCCUGCCGUCACCCUUUGCACUUUGAAUCCUUAUAGGAUCAGCCCAGUCAAUCAAGAUAUAGCUAAACUGGAUAACCUAGCGAGAGAGACCUUGUACAAUUUAUACGGCUUCCACAUUCCUAAGAGCACUCUAGAAGACGUCAGUAUCAACUUUUCCGAAGAAAAUCCUGGCAAGGCCAACCGCUCCACGUUUCAUCUGGAUCGUAAUAUCGCCCUAGUGAAGAUGGGUGGGAAAGUGGGUUUUCGGCUGUGCAACAGAACAGGCGAAAAUUGCUACAACAAGGUCUACAUUUCCGGAGUGGACGCUAUCCAAGAGUGGUACAGCUUCCACUACAUGAAUAUCAUGUCGCAGAUUCCGUCCAUUAUCAAAAUGUCUCAACAUGAUGGUCACAUCAAAAACCUGAUCUAUUCUUGCCAAUACGAUGGGCAGCCGUGCCGAACAAGCGAUCACGAACAUUUUCACCAUCCUGUCUACGGAAGCUGCUUCACCCUUAACAAGAACGGAACGGACAAGUUCUGGAAAGCUUUCAAGCCAGGAAUUGUUUAUGGCCUCUCUCUUAUUCUCAAAGUGGACCAAAAAGACCACAUCCCUCUGCUGUCCACCACGGCCGGCGUGAAAGUCAUGAUUCACAGGCACAACCAAACCCCCUUUUUAGAGCAUGAAGGUUUCGCUAUACGGCCGGGGAUCGAAAGCACCAUUGGGAUCAAACAGGACGAGGUGUCCCGCUUGGGUGGGAGUUACGGCCUAUGUACCAAUAAUGGGGAAGAUGUCAACAUCAAGUUACUCUACAACAGCACAUAUACGCUGCAGGCCUGCUUGCAUUCUUGCUUCCAGCAUCAUAUGGUUGAGAAGUGUGGCUGCGGAUAUUAUUUUUACCCGCUACCUUCGGGAGCCGAGUAUUGCAACUACAAUAAACAUCCUGCCUGGGGUCAUUGCUUCUAUCUGCUGUACAAAGAGCUGACCGACCACCAUUUAAUCUGCUUCAACGAGUGCCCUAAGCUGUGCAAAGAAACUUGGUACAAACUCUCCGCGGGAUACGCUAACUGGCCAUCAACUAAAUCUGAGAAAUGGAUUCACAGAGCACUGCAGGCAGACAACAGGUACAACAUCACCACCACAAACAGCAAGGAUAUUGCCAAGGUGAAUAUUUUCUAUGAGCAAUUAGAUUACUACUCUUGGGAUGAAUCUCCAGAAUAUAAUGUGACCCUGGUGAUGUCCAACAUGGGAAGCCAAUGGAGCCUUUGGUUUGGAUCGUCUGUACUCUCGGUGGUCGAGAUGUUUGAAUUCCUUGUGGAUGUCACCAUCUUAUCUCUCAUUUUCUUCUAUCGGCGGCUUACGGCUAAGAGAAGACACAAGGUGUCAAGUCCCCCUAAGGUGCCAAAUGUGAGUUUGACUUUGGAGAAAUACCGCUCCAUUGAAGAAGGCUUGGCCCCAGACCAAGAUGCAGAGAAAUCUCAGGCCACCCACGAGAAUCCGUCCUUCGUCCACGACGAGGGGCUCCCCCCGUAUUCCAAAUAUAACAAACAUCAGAUGCCAGAACUAUAUCCACCCGUGGUUCUUCACAGAUUUAAGCACCAAGAAGACCAAGGGACGUGCCAGGAUCCCAAGAGUUAACGGCAUUGGAAGAGAUUCACAAAGGACGGAGGAAAUGGAGCCUGCGAAGGAAGUGGCCAAUUCCCCACACUUGGAAAUCUCAAAGCCAAAAGGAUAGGACCCAUGGGAUUGGGCAUUCAACAGGUGGUGGAAUUUGUGACUUUCCUCUUCCAGGUUUUUCAGAUGGUGCUGGGGCAGAUCAGCGACCAUGCCUGUAAGUGAAAGACAGGACUUCCUCCAUGGGCUAGGUCAUGGAGGUGUGCCCUCCUCUUCUCCCACGGUCGAGGCAGUUGACACUGCAUGCAGACGAAUUCCUGGAUCGACUUGAAAAUGUUUCUUCAUUUCGUUACUUCUGUUGCAAUAUUUGUCCUAUGGAUAAUCAGUUUUAUUUUGAGCUGUUCCGCAGCCUCUUUUGAAAGUAAUGCGCCAUGUUGUUUUGAGGUCUACUUUUUGUGAGCUGGGGCAGUGGGAGACUACCUGGCGGUUGAUCAGUUCCCUAUAUAAAAAAAAUCUGUCUUAGUUUUGACUUGAAGCCAUUCUGAGAAAACCAGAUUCAGCUGGGCACCCUUGACUACAAAAAAAUUGGGAUCCUCGACAUUUCACAGAUUUGCUCAGGUUAAAUGUUAAACCACUCCCAUAUUUUUUUUUUAAAAAAUGCCUCUCAGUGGACAUUUACAAGGAAACGCUCUGUAUUGUCUGCGUUAUCAGCAGGUCCAGGAUCUUGGAAGGAUGUGGUAACAGUCAUCUGUGCUCUUCGUUUGAGCGAAAGGACUUUUUGUGCUUGGGUUGACCUGUAAAAUCUACGUUAGGUGCUUUUGAUGUUUUGUUCCUCUUUUACAAUGUGAAGUUCGAUGUUCCCUAAGUUAAACAGGCAAAGGCACAGAGCAAUAGUUAUCGCAAUGCAAGACAAUGCAAAUCAAAAAUUAGUCUUUUUCUGAAACUGAGUAUAGUCAAGCCCUCAGGCAGGAAAGGAAAAUAGCUGCAUGCAGCUACAUUUCGGUGGUUCGCUGGCAAUAACCAACCUUCAGACUGGUUGAAUAUGAUCUCCUGCCGGGAAUACAUUUCAGUGGUCACUUUUGCCAAUUAUGGCUAACAUCAGCAAGUUUAUUUUUAGAUCAGACUAGAAGGAAAUAAGAAUUUCUGCAAGCAAAAUGUGAGUGGUAGAAUGUUUGCCGAUUCUCAGCAGAGGUAGCUUUGGCAUGGCAGUUUCGGAUCUGGAGCGAAGGAAGCUUUUUCCUUAGACAGAAAUCAGAGAAUUGGGGAUAUGCUAUUAAAUUCUUUUAAGAAUCAACUCCGCUGCUGGAGGCCAAAAUGCAAAUUAUAUUGAGAGGAUCCGUUUUAUCACUCCCGUUCACAUGUUGCUAGACAAAACAAGUUAAUACCUUAACUCAGCUACCCAUGUCAAAUUCCCAACUGAUACAUACAUUCUGUGAAAUUCAUGUUCUCUAACUUCUGAUUCUGAACAAAGCCAAAAUGGCACCAUUCAUGGACAAGAGGGAAUCUCCAAGAAUAAGAGUUCAAAAAAAAAAAAAAAAAAAACAGUU